AUGGUGGCAAAGUCGCUGCAGGCAGUGUCACCUUUCACGGCUCUGAUCGUCCACGCCGUCCACGCUGCAACCGCACCAUCCCCAGGCCAAAGCUCCCUCCAAGGGCCCAAGAUCAUUUACCCCAAGACUUAUCCUUGCCCUUGCAGUGGAAAGAUGGAUCCAUCCCUGGAAAAACGCAGGCUACCAGGAAACUCUGGCGAGCCAAGGCGAACGCUGAUUGAACCCCAUCGGACCAUCCAUGGUCCACCUGCAUCCUCCCUCCCCACCGAAUCUGGGAAUGCCGCUUCUUUUCCUUUACGAGAUACUUCCCGUCCAAUCAUCACCAUCGCUCUUUUCCCAGAUUCUGGAGUCCACUACAACCUGUCGAAUGAGGAGCAGCGACAACAAUACCUGACAGUACCAAUACUCGUGUACAAGUACGGAGAGGGAGGGAGAGCUGUGGUGGACACUGGUGACAAUCCAAUCCAGUCCAGUGGUGUCUUUAAUCCAGUUGACCCACGCUAG